UUAGACAUUCUCUUUUCUAGACUAACAUUUGUUACAUUCAGUCUUUUAUAUAACACAGUGCUUUUUUGGUUUGGGGUUUUGGGUUUUUUUCGGUUUUGGGGUUUUUUUUGUUUCUUUUGAGUGGUUAGAUACAUGGGGUAUGUAGAGCUUGCAGAAAAUUCUGUUUCUGAUCUUGGAGCUGCAGAAAUGCACUCCAUGACCAGUUUUUCCUCACAGCUCUGGUUGUAGAGCUUUGCACAUUAGGGGGACACUCCCAGUUUGAAUUUUGGGCAAGUCUGUGCUGCCCUGGUGGCCCUUGGAGGACUGGGAGUGAGGGUAGAGAAGAAACCUCUAUCUCCAGAAAGCAAAGGAGCUGUUUUUUUCACUGAGUUGGUCUCCAGCCUCUCCACUGUCACCAUUUCUGCCCUUUGUUACUCUGAGAGGAGGAUGCUUAUGCUCAUGAACACUUUGGGGCUUUGUCCAGAGUCUCUUCUGCCAAAGGGAGAGCCUGGCAUGGAGACAGGGAGGGAGUUGGCCUUCAGCACUCUUUGGGAGCUCCUUAAGGCUCAGAAACCCUGCUGGUUUUGUGGAAGAAGUCAAGUCUGUGCCUGCCUUUAUGCCAUGGUCAGCGUAAGUGCUGGAACCACCCAGAAAAUGAACAUUUUUGAUCCCCGGGUGGGAAGACCCCUGUGAGACAGGAUAAAACCUCAACAAAGUGGAGAUUUCAUAUUUUUUUACUGAACCAUAAUGCAGUUAUUCCUCCAGAGCAGGCUGAAGGCCCUUUUGAAGUGAUUUUAAGUUGAAGCCAAUGCUGAAGCAAAAAGUGCCCCAAUCUGCCUCUUUUAAGUGGGAAUAAUAAAACAGUGUUGAAAUUUUCUAAAAUUAUAAAAACAAAGCCUAAUAAUACACUAAUCUAAGGGCAACCCCUGGUUAUGCAGUGUUGCCCUUAGGUGAUAUUUUCUAGUCCUUCUAGCCCUUCUAGAUGAUAGUCAAGUUCUAUGAAGAUUUCCUGACUUGGUGUUUUUAAUAUACUCUCCUGUGUUCUCCGUUCAUUUUGGUAGCCACGUGUGUGUCAGUCCAUAGAGCCAUUCAUGAAUAAUUCUUUCUUUCCAUUUUCUCUGCAUUCUGGGAGUGAAAAACAAAUUUCCUGUUCUGAGUGCUGCUCUCACAUUGGGUAUUGCCUGGCUUGAUUGCUGCAGUGGAAAUAAUUGACUUCAUAACCUCAGAGACCUUUAGCCUCAAGAUGAAGUUGUGUUUUAUGUAACUUCAGUGUCUUUUUCAACUCCCCCUUUAGAGAGCACUGGUUCCGUUUGUGGCUCCCUGCUUCUGUUUGUGAUUCCCUGCUUCUGUUUGUGGCUCCCCUUUGCAUCCCAGCCCUGCAGAGCAGAGUGUGGCGUGACACUGCAGACCAAGUGACACAAAUCCUAGCUGAGCUCAGCAGCGCCGCGUGGCAUGUGGCUGGCACCUAAUCUCCUGUUUUCCUGGUAUUUAUUUGUCAGCAACUGUGGAAUGUUCUAGUGUUUGAAACAGCAUGCAGAGAAUGGAAACAGUUGGCUGGAGAAGUUGCAGCUAAAUGCUCACAUGAGGCAAAGCUGAAAAGAGGAUUUUUGAGCUGCCCACAAAAGCAGGGGAGCUCGUCUGCAGUGACCAGCUCAGGCAUUACUGUAAUCCUCUCCUGUGCAGAGUGGGAACUUGAGAAGAGGCUUGACAGGACUGGGGCACCGCUUCUAAUAUCUGAAUAUGACUGAGUGAAAGUGAAAUUUCACUGCACGCCAGCCUGUAGUUUAUUGUCACAGAAACAGGAAGUUUCCAGGAGGAGGUAAACAAAGUGCACGUUUCAAGGAGAAAUAAGAGUGAGGAGUUUAAAGCUGAUUGUUGAUUAAUUUAAAAGAAACAAAGAUUGUUCAGCCUGAGAUACUGAAGUGAUCUGUUUGCAGACCUACGGAAUGUGAAGGCAGUCUGUUACCCUGUUUGGAAUAUACUGACUUUGUUUCCAGAUCACUUCCAAUAUCAUGGAAGGACAUUAAAUAGAAAUUGCCUUUGUAUACAGUAAAGUCUUUAAAGCAGUAAGCCGAGCUGCCUGCUGGAGUCUAAGUAAUUCCUCAUGGCCACAAAUUGAACUAAGCAGUCUCCUUCUACGGAUGCAUCAAAACCACAAAUUAUGAAGCCAUCUGAAACUAGGUCCGCACCAACAACCAAAGCAGGAACUGAAAAAAACACCCAGUCAGACAAGCCAACAGACUCUCAAAAUAAACAGCUGUCUGAAGAGAAGCAAAAGGAACCCAGUGAUGGAAAAAACCAAACCCCACCUACUGUGACAGCAGCUUCUAAACCAAAUGACACAGGAAAAGUAACUACAACUCAGGCUGGCCAGCCUCCACCAGCAACCUCCACAGAGACAGCAAAGCAAAAGUCCAAGGAGAUGUCAACAGUGACUGGUGCAGCUGCUGGAACAGGCACAGCUGGUGCAAGUGUGGUUGCUGCUGCUGACAAAUCAAGUACUGAGGCUGGUAUGGAUGAGUCAGCACUUGAUAGCCUAAUAGAUACCCUUGGUGGACCUGAGGAGGAUGUGCCUACUACUCCUGUUUACACUGGCCCGGAAAUUACGGAAGAUAUAUAUUCCAGAUACUUGGAAGAAAUGGGCAAACGGGAAGGUAGUCUCCCUCCAGAGUAUGUUAAACUGUUGAAGAGCAAAGGAUAUGGCAAAGACGUGGUCCCAACGAAACCAAAUGAGCAAGAUGAAAAGCCAAUGACGGAUGAUGAGCUUGCCGAGGCCCUGUCAUCUGACUUCACCUGUAGUGCUGCUUCUGCUCAGGAGAAGGAGACAAGUCUGACAGAGAAACCUAAUAAAGAAGGAGAAAUUGUGCAAGCACAAGCAGCAAGUUCAGUUAAGACCUCAGUUCCUCCUAAGGAGAAGAAAACAAAAUCAAAAGAGGAAAUUAAAGAUGAUGCAAUGGAUGCUCUUCUUGAUACUCUUGGAGGACCUGAACCUGAACCUAAAGAAGAUCCUACCCCUAUUGUAGAGGUGUCAGAGGCAAAAGCCAAAGAAAAAAAGGAACAAAAGGCUGGAGAGCGUGAUGAUACAAUACCUCCAGAGUACAGGUUAACACCAGAGUUGGACAAAGAUGGAAAACCAAUAUUGCCGAAGCCUGAAGAAAAACCAAAGCCUAUGAGUGAAUCUGAUCUUGUUGAUGAGUUUUCAAAGGACUUUGCCUGCCCUGCACAGCCUGUAGUACAAGCCAAAGCACCAAAGCCCAGCAACAUAUCCAAAAAGCAAUCAGCUGCUGUGUCUGCAAAAGCUACUGAGGAUAAGGUGGUCCCCCGUGCCACAGCUUGCACUGUGCAGUCUGCAGCUCCUGUGCCUUCAGUUGGUCCUGUGUCAGAUGAAGCACUAGAAGCCUUGUCCAGUAGCCUAGGAAAGAGGGAGCCUGAUCCAGAUGAGAAAAAGCCUGCUGUGGACAAAGUUAAGGAGAAAACCAAAAAGGAACAACACAAAAAACUGGGUGAAGAAGAAGAAACAAUUCCUCCAGAGUACAGAUUAACAGAAGCCAAAGAUAAAGAUGGAAAACCACUCCUACCAAAACCAGAAGAGAAGUCACAGCCUAUGAGUGAAAAUGACCUUUUAGAGGGUUUGACAGAAGGAUUCUCCUGUUCCCCAUCACCACCUGGACCAUUACCUACAUCAACUGUACUAAAGAAAUCCAAGGAUGGUGCCAAGCCUGCGAGUUCCUCGGAUGUGAUCUCUGCUGCUACAGUUUCCUCAGUGCACUCAGCUGCCCCUGCACCUUCUGCCACUGGAGGAAAAGAGAUGGAUGAAGCCUUGGAUCUCCUGUCUGAUUCCCUGGGACAGAGGGAGCCUGACCCUGAUGAGAACAAACCAGUUGUGGAUAAAGUGAAGGAAAAGGCUAAAUCUGAACACAGAGACAAGCUUGGAGAGAGGGAUGAAACAAUCCCACCUGACUAUCGGAAACUUCUGGAGUCAGGUGAGCAGAGUAAACCGGCAAAGCCAACAGCAAAGGAUGACACGAAACACAAAGGAAAGAAGAAACCUACGGAUGACAGUGCAGCUAUUGAUGCCUUAUCAGGUGACUUUGAUACUUGUGCAAAGGCUCCUGCUACACCCCAGCACUCAAAGUGUAGGACAAAAGUGGAAAGGAAUCUACGACCACUAAACCAAGCUCAAAGGAGAAAGGAAAGCCCAGAGACCCUAAAACGGCAAAGGGACAGUCCUCCAGCAGCAAAUCUGAGAAGCAGAAAACAAGCUAAACGUUAACCUUACCAGGAUCCUGCUGCAUCAUGUAAAACGUCUUCUUUCUGUGGGUGGAUGAUUAUGCCUGAAGAACAAAAGCUGAUGCCAAAAGCACAUAGUUAUUCUGGGUGGUUUUUGUACAGUGAAACUUGCUGGACUUUUUCCUCAUCUUUUCUUUUUUCCCGGUAGUAGACUCAGGUUUGUUUCUUUCCCCCAGCAAUUCAGUUUAUUAGGACUCACACAGUCUGACUUUUUUGUAAUUCCCUUCAGCAUUCAGGGGGAAAGAAUGCUUUCUAUUUGCAGGAAAUAUAUUGCAUCAAUGAAGAGCUAUGCCAAAAAAAAAAAAAAAA